AUGACUGAAUCAUUCUCAAAUAGGAAGAAGAUCUACUUAACUAUAAUUUUCUUACAAACUCAUUUCUUAUCUACAAUGGGUAUUGUUUAUAUUGAUGGUUUGGGUACUACAGCAGCAGAAGGUAUCUACCAUCAUCAUCAAAAUGAGUUGACAAUGGUGAAAAAGGCUUGCAUAGGCAACAAAGGACUCUGUUUUUGGGAGUCAGCCGGUUAUGAAGGCAAGAGAAAUAUUGAGGAGAGUGAAGAAGUGGAGAUGGAUUCAGAGAUAAGCAGAAGAGCUUUGAUGAUGCAGAAGAAGUUUAUAAGUUAUGAGACAUUGAAGAAAGAUGUGAUUCCGUGUGCUCAACCAGGUGCUUCUUAUUAUAAUUGUCAUGGUCAUGAAGCAAACCCUUACAACAGAGGAUGUGAAGUCACAACAGGUUGUCUAAGAAGAGGUGGCCAUAUGUGA